AUUAUUUCAAUUGUUAUGCAGAGUAAAAUAAAUACAAAAUACUCGUCAAGUUGUAAUAGCAUAGUAGCAUACACUUAUAAUAUAUUAUAAUUUCUAAUAUAAUAUUCUAUUAGAAGAAGUCUAUGCGUAAUAGUAAUUUUAGUAUUCAGUUCAUAGAUAUUAGAUAACAUAUAAAAUUCAAUUGUAUCUUGUAUAGUACGGUAGAUUGUAGAGACUAUACUAUAUAGUAUACUAUUAUAGAGACGUUCAGUACGAACGCUACAACGCGAGGAACAACUGAACUUGAGUUGUAGAGGAGAAGUUAUUUGAAUUCACUAUUAUUUAAUAUUUUAGCAGAUUAUUAUAAAAUGGAUUUUGAAAAGGUAAAGGAAAAAACUUUUGAAGAUGCUCAUAAAGGUAAUGUUGAUCAAGUUAUGAAAGCAGUUGAAGAGCAUUUGAGGCUGUUAAAAGAAGUCGAUGUUAAUAAUCGUUUGCUCCUUCAUUGGGCUGCACUUGGAGGCCAUGAUAGACUUGUACGAUAUCUUCUCGAAAAUGGUCAACCAGAAGAUUCUCGAGAUGAUAUGCAAACAACUCCUCUUAUAUUGGCAGCAUCAGGUGGCCGUAUUGAUAUAGUGAAAACUCUUAUAGAAUAUGGAGUAGAUAUUAACGCGAAAAAUCAAGAAGGUCAUUCUGCACUUCAAUAUGCAGCUUCAAAAGGAUGGACUGAAAUUGUCAGAUACUUAGUAUCAAAAGGUGCUGAUGUUAAUAUAGCUGAUAAUAGAGGAGCAACACCAUUACAUAGAUGUGCAUCAAAAGGAAACACGGCAGUGUUAAAAAUUUUAUUGGAUUGUGAUGUACAUGUAGAUGCUAAAGACAGCUAUGGAAACACACCACUCCAUUUAGCUUGUGAAGAGGGACGUAUACAAGAAGCUGGAUUAUUGAUUAAAAGUGGAGCUGAUAGUACUCUCCUAAAUAAAGAAAAAUUAACACCUUUUGAUUUAGCACCAUCUGAUGUUCAAGGCAUUUUGAGAAAAAUCUAAAAUAUUAUAUUGUCUUGGAAUAGAUGUGCUAAUUUGAAAGUAAUUUGUGAAGAUCAAAACAAAUACAACACUAAUAAAUGUCUUUGAACUAUUAGCAUAUAUGUUUUUGAAUCUUGUAAAAUACCUAUUAAUUAUGAUACUACUUUAGUACUUACGUAAAUAUAAUUUUAAUUUGUAUAUGAUUAUUUGCAAUUAUGUGCAAUUCAUUAUGUGUUCAAAUUUACAUAUUUUAAAAAUCUCAAAAGUAGUAGUCAUAAUAAUAUGUAUAUAUUUACUGAGACAUAAUAUAAAAUAAAAAAAAUUUAAUUUGAUGUAAAUGUAAUGUACUAAUAAUUGAAAAUCAUUUGAAAACAAAAUGUAUUGUUCGUAAUAUACAAUAUGGAAUUGAAGACAGUCACCUGCUCCAUAUUUAUUGUAAAUAAUAAUUAAAUAUACAUCUUGUAUAGAUUCUGAAAUAAUUUUGUUGUAUAUUUAAAUAAUUAAUUAGUAUUUUGAUAUAUACUAUAUUAUAUUAAAUUAAAUUAUAAUUAUUAUAACUA